UUCCUCCACCGCUGCCCCCAUCCUCAGCUAGAAAGUCUGUUAGGGAGAUGGUCUUCCCCUUCUUAUUCUUCUUUUUUGCUGAGGCCGCCAUGUUGGGAGAGGGAGAGAGAACGCAAAGGACCCGGAUGAGGCAAUCACGUGAUUAUAGCGGGCGCGACGGGGCUUGGAGACGCGAAGCCAGGAGGGGGCGGGGAAGUGAGGACGGAAGGCAGGAGGCGGGGCGCUGCCGCCGCCGCCGCCGCCGCAGCCCCCGCAGCCGCCGCGCUGGGUUCGUAAAGCAGCGCGAGGAGGCGGCGCGGCGUCCGGCCGGAAGACCUGCGCGACAUGUGGCCGGAGGGGUGGAGUCGGAGCUGUCGCGAAGCCCUGCGCUUUACGUCGGGCCCGGCGCGGCCGUCGGGUCGCAUGGGCGGCGGGGCGGGGUCUCCUGGCGCGCAGACUUCUGGGUGGUGGGUCCCCCCGCGAAGGGCGGGGCCGCGCUCGCUGGUUCCAUGGAACCGAGUGGGCUUGGAAUCUCGAAUGGGUGUGCCACCAUUGUUAUUCUAGAGAAGAUUCUGAGUGUGGUUGACAUGGUGUGUACCCCGAUGCACUCAGCUGGGGUCGGAGGAGCAGGUCGAGCCACGGCCAACCUCGCCUCGACCGCUCCGCCUCCGAGCCCGAGCCCUCACCCCAAUGGAUCUCAGCUGAACUGCUGCUAAAAGCGUAAAGCUUUAAAAGCCUGUAGUCCCUGGUCCUCACGCCUUAUUUACUUUUCUGCUUCCUGCCAUCACUCCCUGGGAUUAAAAGUGUGUGCCAC